GGCCCCGGUGCCGGUCCCGCCUCGCCGCUCCCCGGGCGCGCAGCGGCUCCGUCCUCCCGGGGCCGCAGCGGGCGGCGGCUCCGCAGCUCCCGGGGCCGCACUCCGGGAUGGCUUUCGCCAAUUUCCGUCGCAUCCUGCGCCUCUCUGCCUUCGAGAAGCGCCGCUCCAAGGAAUACGAGCACGUCCGCCGCGACCUGGACCCCGGCGAAGUGUGGGAGGUGGUGGGCGAGCUGGGAGAUGGAGCCUUCGGCAAAGUCUACAAGGCCAAGAACAAGGAAACAGGAGCUCUGGCAGCUGCCAAGGUCAUCGAGACCAAGAGUGAGGAUGAGCUGGAGGAUUACAUGGUGGAGAUUGAGAUCCUGGCCACCUGUGACCACCCCCACAUCGUCAGACUGCUGGGAGCCUUCUACUGGGAGGGCAAACUCUGGAUCAUGAUCGAGUUCUGCCCGGGCGGGGCCGUGGAUGCCACGAUGCUGGAGCUGGAGCGGGGCCUGACUGAGCCCCAGAUCCAGGUGAUCUGCCGCCAGAUGCUGGAAGCUCUGCACUACCUGCACAGCAAAAGGAUCAUCCACAGGGACCUGAAGGCUGGCAACGUGCUCCUCACCCAGGAUGGGGACAUCAAGCUGGCUGACUUUGGGGUGUCUGCCAAGAACAUGAAAACCUUGCAGAAGCGAGAUUCCUUCAUUGGGACCCCGUACUGGAUGGCCCCGGAGGUGGUGAUGUGUGAGACCAUGAAGGACACUCCCUACGACUACAAGGCUGACAUCUGGUCCCUGGGGAUCACCCUGAUUGAGAUGGCCCAGAUUGAGCCCCCCCACCAUGAGCUGAACCCCAUGAGGGUCCUGCUGAAGAUUGCCAAGUCCGACCCGCCCACGCUCAGCUGCCCCUCCAAAUGGUCCCUGGAGUUCAGAGAUUUCCUGAAGAAGGCGCUGGACAAGAACCCAGAGACCCGGCCCAGUGCUGCCCAGCUGCUGGAGCAUCCCUUUGUCAGCAAGGUCACCAGCAACAGGGCCCUGCGGGAGCUGGUGGCCGAGGCCAAGGCUGAGGUGAUGGAGGAGAUCGAGGACAGCCGGGAUGAAGCAGAGGAGGAUGACUCCUCGGAGUCGGCCUCGCCCCCUGGGAAGCACAAGAGGGACCCUUCUGAGGUGAGCCAGCUGAGCUUUGAUGGGGAGAAACCCCCGGACUCGUCCUUGCCCAAAGCCCUGAACGGCUCCAUGGGGACUGGCAAGGACACCACGGAUGGCCAGAGCCACAAAGCCUCAGAUAAAGGGAUGAGCAGUGACAGUGACAAACUGGAGAGCAACCACUCCACAAAACCCAGCUCGGCCUCCUCGGCCACCCAGGACAAGCCGGACAUCAUCCUGCAGCCAGGACAUUUGGGAAACUCAAUGGAGGGGAGCAAGGAGCCCAGGCCAGGCAGGGAGGAGAGGAAGAGCACUGAGGAGAGGAAGAGCCUUGAGGAGAGGAAGAGUCUUGGAGAGAAGAAGAGCAUUGGGGAGGGGAGGAACAACGAGGAGAGGAAGAGUCUUGGAGAGAAGAAGAGCAUUGGGGAGGGGAGGAACAACGAGGAGAGGAAGAGUCUUGGAGAGAGGAAGAGCAUGGUGGAGAGGAGGAGCAUGGUGGAGCGACCAGAGAGCGUUUUCCUGGAGAACUUCAGCGAGGAGAAGCUGGCCAAUGGAAGCCUGGAGCCCCUGGGGCCACUGCCCCGCUCCAAAAGGGACUCAGAUUCUGGCAGCACUUCGGCCUCCGAGAGCAUGGACCUCACCAUCUCCUUGUCUGCUGACCUGUCCCUCAACAGGGAGAGCGGCUCCAUCUCCCUCAAGGACUCCCGGCUGCAGAAGAAGACCCUGAAACGCACCCGCAAGUUCGUGGUGGACGGGGUGGAGGUCAGCGUCACCACCUCCAAGAUCAUCAGCGAGGACGAGAAGAAGGAUGAAGAAAUGAGGUUCCUCAGGCGCCAGGAGCUGCGGGAGCUGCGUCUCCUGCAGAAGGAGGAGCACAGGAACCAGGCCCAGCUGAACAGCAAACACCAGCUGCAGCAGGAGCAGAUGCUGCGGCGCUUCGAGCAGGAGAUGAUGGCAAAGAAGAAGUUCUACGACACGGAGCUGGAGAACCUGGAGAGGCAGCAGAAGCAGCAGAUCGAGAGGAUGGAGCAGGAGCACGGCCUGCGGCGGCGGGAGGAGGCGAAGCGCAUCCGCCUGGAGCAGGAGCGCGACCAUGCCCGCUUCCUGGAGCAGCUCAAGCAGAUGAAGAAGGAGGUGAAGAACGAGGUUGAGAAGCUGCCACGGCAGCAGCGCAAAGGGAACCUGAAGGCGAAGAUGGAUGACUUCACCCAGAAAAAACAAACCAUGGAACAGGAGUUUUUGGCCAAGCAGAAGGAGGACCUGGAGCAGGCCAUGAAGAACAUCAUUGCCCAGAACAAAAGAGAGAUCUGUGACAAGGAGCGUGAGUGCCUCAACAAGAAGCAGCAGCUGAUGAGAGACCGGGAAGCUUCCAUCUGGGAUCUGGAAGAGCGUCAGCAGCAGGAGAAGCACCAGCUCAUCAAGCAGCAGCUGAAGGACCAGUAUUUCCUGCAGAGGCACGAGCUGCUCCGGAAGCACGAGAAGGAGAGGGAGCAGAUGCAGCGCUACAACCAGCGCAUGCUGGAGCAGCUGAAGGUGAGGCAGCAGCAGGAGAGGGCCCGGCUGCCCAAAAUCCAGCGCAGCGAGGGCAAGACCCGCAUGGCCAUGUACAAGAAGAGCCUCCACAUCCACUCCAGCGGCAGCGCCUCCGAGCAGAGGGAGAAGAUCAAACAGUUUGCCCUACAGGAGGAGAAGAGGCAGAAAGCAGAGCGGCUGCACCAGCAGCAGAAGCACGAGUCGCAGAUGAAGGACAUGCAGGCCCAGUGUGAGAGCAACACCAACGAGCUCCAGCACCUCCAGAAUGAGAAGUGUCACCUCCUGAUCGAGCACGAAACCCAGAAGCUGAAGUCCCUGGAUGAGAGCCACAACCAGCACAUGAAGGAGUGGAGGGACAAGCUGAGACCACGGAAGAAGGCCCUGGAGGAUGAGCUGAACCAGAAGAAGCGUGAGCAGGAGAUGUUCUUCAAGCUGAGCGAGGAGGCCGAUGGACAGGUGCCAGUGUCACCAACCAAACACGCCAAGUUUGUCCCCUUCAGCUCCUCAGAGAGCUUGUAACCCCUGGCAGGCCACCAGCUGGUACUGGCCGUGUCCUCCUGGGCUGCAGGGGGCAGCUUGGACUGGGAAGAGCCUCUCAGCAGCCCCUUGCCACCACAGCACCCUCCUGUCCCCACUCUCCGCCUGGGAUCAGCGUGGCCUCUGGCUGAGGGAUGCUGGCUGGAAGUUGGGGUGCCUCUCCCAGGAGCUCCAGGCUGGGAAUUGGGGCAGGAGCCUCUCUGGAUUGUCCUUGCACUGGUGGCUGGAUGGUGCCUGGGUGAGCCUGGUGCUCACUGGGUUUGUCAGCUCAGACUGGAGCAGCGACCACUCUGAUCAGGAGAAACAGCCCCUUAGGGCAGGGCUGUCACCUCCCUCUCCACUCUGAUCAGGAGAAACAGCCCCUCAGGGCAGGGCUGUCACCUCCCUCUCCACCCUGGCUGUCCUGUCCCAGUCCUUUCCAAGGCCUGGCCUGGGGCACAGCAGCUCUGGCAUUGUCUUAAACUCACCUUGGCCUUAGACUUACUCCUCUUCACCGUGGCCCUUUUAUUGCCACAGAGACACAGAGAUUUGGGGUUUUUUUGCCUAGGGAGGGCUGGGUUUUUUCUUUCCUCCUGCUCCCCACACAGCCUGUGCAGAAAGGGGCUGGGUGUCCUCCCAGAGAUGAUUCUGCUCUUCCUCUGCUGUGACCAGUGGCACCACAGCCCCUCUGGCACUAACUCUGCUCUCAGAGGCUGGCUCUGGGCUGACUGCACUGCCCAGCUGGCUGCAGGUGCAGAGGGGACACUGGGGACAGCGCUGGCUCCUGCGGUGACACGGCGGAGUGACUGUCCCUGUCAUGUGCCUUGGGGAUGAGUGGGGGGUGAAGGAUGCUCCUGCCAGAGCUCUCAUGCUCACACAGGUGCUUGAGGCUGGUUUUUAAGUCUUUUCUGUGUGGGGCCACGUGGGUCAGGCAGGCUGGCCAUGGGUGAUGGCUGCAGGGAGGAGCAGUGGGACAAGGGAAGAGGAGAUGCAAACGGGGCUUGUUGCUCCCAGCACCCCCUUGCCCGCUGAUGUCUCGUCUCCCUGUGAUGUGCCACAGCUUUUUGGGUGGUUCUCCUGGCUGGGAGUCGUGGCAGAGUGGCAGAGCAGGUCCUCUGUCCUUUCUGUCCCCUCCUGCUGGGUGGGACUGGGAGCACAGAGCUGGGGAGGGGUCAGGGACCUCACCGGCAGCACCUUCUUCUUUACACAACCCAAAGGUGUAAGGCAGCACUUAAGGUUUUUUUUUUUCUGGACAACGUUGUUUGUUGUAGACCUGUUUAUUUAGCAAGAAAAUAAAAUAUUUCUGCUUAAAAAAAAAAAAAAAAAAAAAAAAAAGAAGAGAAUUUAAGAAAAAAGUGGUUAUUUUCAAGUCCCCUCUGUUGAUUUACUGGCAUUUCAGGGAAAGGUGGUAUGUGAUGUGCCUCCCUUCUAGGUACUGGGCUGAAGGAGGCAGCCCCCAGGUCUUGAGCUCUGGAUCUGGGGAGUGCAUUUCCUGCCCUUUUAGAGCCCCUAACCCAUAUUUAUAAACUCCCUGCAGGCUAGCAGGGCUCUGUCUCUUUGGGCCAUUCCAGGUCGCCUCUGAUUUCCCAGCAGUGAUGUCUCUGUUAGUGAGCACAGGAAGGGUUCCUGCCCCACCUCCAAAACGUGGAUUGUGCCUUCCAGAUGUGGUAACACCUGGCUGGCAGCUGAUGGAAGGUUAAUGAAUGCCAAGGGCUGGCUGGAGACUCCUCGUCCCCUUAGGAAUGUGUUACAGCAGCCCCCUGGUUCUGGUUCUGGUCCUGCUGUGUGCCAGGGCUGUGCCCAGGGUCAGAGCCCCGUGCCAGUCCCUGAGAGCCCUGCAGGGGCUGUCCUGCAGCAGCACACUGUCACCUCCCUCAGCUGAGGGGCACUGCUGCCUUCUCCAGCAGCCCAGGCUGCAGCAUCCCUCCCUGCACACCCUGCAGCACUCAGGGAGCAUUUCUGGGGGCUCUCAGCUGAUGCACUGCCCCCUGUAAACCAGGUAUCCCUUCCUCCAGUCCAGCUGGUUUCCAGCCUGGAGAGAGCAUCGCUGGCAGGGGCAGGAAUGGCUCUGUGCCCCCAGGAAUGCAUGCUGUGUCCUCUCCCUGGGUGUGCCAGGCUCCAGUACCCUGUCCCUCACCCACAGGGGGGCACACCAUCUGACUGUCACAUUUACAGAGUGGGUAUCAUUCUCCCUCCUUUCAAAAGAGGAUUUUUGGGUUGCUCCCUGUUCAGGAGGAACCACAAUUAAACCCAGCUUGCUUUUCAGCAGGGGGUGGGACACGAUUUUAAAAAUUGUGGCUUCGAAUAAAAAGGGUUUUUUUAAAAUAUUUUGUAAAAUAUCUUCAGUGGGGCCACCACCGUGAUGUAAAGACCUCUCUAAUAAAGUAACAAACUGAGAAACUUG